GUUUCAGUGGCGUUUCUCGGGCACUUGCUGUUCAUUCCAACCUAAACGACUUCCACCAUUUUCCUGCCGAGUUUCGAGAUGAAUGAAGCUGGCGAGCGUUCCACUGUUCAAUUCUAACCAGGAAAGUGGACGCGCACGGUACAUAUUUCCGUGCGGUUCCGACAAUCGCAACCGAACCGAGUGCGUGCCUUUUCGUGACGAUUUUUUGCACCCUUUUGUGUGUGUGAGUGAGUGAGUGUAUGUGCGCAGGGGGGCAGGUACAGAAGUCAUUCAACCUGAAUCAAAAUCGAUGCACCGCCGCCGCCGUCGCCGUCGCUGCGUUGUGCAAUUUUUGUUGUAGCUUUCAGUGUGUUGUGUGUGUGCGUGCGUGUACGUAUGUUUUCCGGAAAGAGAAAAAGAAUUUAAAGUUAAUACUGGCCCACAAGCUGCUAGAGUCUUGAUGGGUGAAGUGAAAAUAGCGUGCGGAAAUUAGUGAAUCGGAGGAGACGCGUUAGCCCAUUCACCUGUGCCUGCAAUUCUAUUCCCUGUGCAUUCCACACGGGUGCGUUUGUAUGUGUGUGUAUUUGUGUCGUUUUUCGUCAUUCUACCGAUUUGAUUGCGAAAAAAGAAGUGAAAAGUGUUCUUCGGAAAGAGGGAAAAACCCCACAACAGUGACCGACAUACAUAUUUGUGCGACAGUGUGCCCUGCUGUCCCUUCCCCAGUUCGGGUGUUAGCAGCACCAUCAUCAUCAUCAACAGUGUAAUUUUCUCGCGGCGGUAGAACGAAAAGAAGGGUGAAGGGCGAGAGCGCUAAAUAGCUAACUGUAAGGGCCGGUUUCUUCAUUUGUUUCGCCCGUCGUCACCAACACUAGCGCAUCGCCGAAGGCGCGUUGUACGCGAACGUGCAACCGGGUGACGCGAGUAUGGAACGUCGUGUUUUGUUGCGCUGGUGUCGUUACGCAGGAUAAUAAAAGUCUUCCGUUGGCGUCUAGUACCAAAAGAGUCGUUUCUAUUCGUAAGAGUUUAAAAAUUUAAACCGUUUUCGGUAGUCCACGUGUGCGGCGGACGCUUCAGUUGCUAGGGGCAACAACAAUCCGUGUAUACAACUGUGUGCCACACAUUUGCCCCAUUUGCUAAUGACGACAGUAGCAGCAGCAUCAGCAGCAGCACCAACCAUCACCACCACCAUCAUCACCACACCACGGUCGUCUCGAUGGGCACGAUGAUGGAAACGGAAUCGGUCAAGUCGGAACCGGGCAGCAAAAGCAGACGAUCGCGCACAUCGCAAAACCACCAGCAGCAGCAGCCACCGUCACAGCAGCAGCACAGUACGCUCGGUUCGCACCGGACGCGCCAUUCGCACCGGAGCAGCAGCAACAACCAUUCGCGCAGCGGCAGCAACAACAAGCGCCCCGACAUGGCCCCGUUCCAGACGAGCGUCAACCUGGGCGACGACGGGCGGGACGGGCAGGAGAUCAUCGAGGUGUCGAUCCUGCCGCAGGACGAGACGUGGGGCGACAACACGACCGCCAUCACGGGCAACACGUCCGAGCAGAGCAUCUCGAUGGAGGACGUCAGCUACUUCCAGAUGGCGGACGACCGGGGGGUCGGCUUCGCCUGCCAGCGCUACCUCGAGCGGGGGCUGGCGGUGAUGCUGUGCGCGGUCGCGUUCGUGAGCCCGCUGGCCAUGGUCGUGCUGCCGCGCGUCGGCUUCUUUCCGGCCGCGUUCGAAAGCCUGGACCUGUCGCAGAACGAGCGGCUGCGGCUGCUGGCCUGCAAUGCGGAGUGCAAGGGCAUGCUGGUGUCGCUGGCCGCCCGGUUGCUGCUGCUCGCGAUCGGGCUGUGGGCGCUGUUUCUCCGCCAGCCGGCCGCCAUCAUGCCGCGCAUCUUUCUGUUCCGCUCGUGCGCCCUGCUGCUGGUGCUGAUCUCCUCCUUCGCCUACUGGCUGUUCUACAUCGUGCAGGUGACCGAGGGCGCCCGGGCGAUCGUGUCCGGCUCGUCCGUGGUCGACUACCGAACGCUGGUCGCGUACGCCACCAGCUUCUGCGACACGCUGCUGUUCGUGCAUUACGUGGCGGUGGUGCUGCUCGAAAUCCGCCACCUGCAGCCGCUCUACCACGUGAAGGUGAUCCGCAGUCCGGACGGCGAGUCGCACAGCUACAGCAUCGGGCAGCUCAGCAUCCAGCGGGCGGCCGUGUGGGUGCUGCAGCGGUACUACACCGAGUUCAGCAUCUACAACCCGUACCUGGAGCGGCUGCCCGUCUCGAAAGCGCAGCGGAAGGCGGCCGCCGUCUCCUCCUUCAAGUACUACGACGUGGACGGGGCGACGCCGGCCCAGCAGCAGAGCCAAUCGCGCGCCGUGCUGGCGGCCCACGCCCGUCGCCGCGAUUCCUCCCACAACGAGCGCUUCUACGAGGAGCACGAGUACGAGCGGCGGGUGAAAAAGCGCCGCGCCCGGCUGGUCACCGCGGCCGAGGAAGCGUUCACGCACAUCAAGCGCAUGCAGCAGCCGUCCUCCCCGCAGCAGCAGCAGCACGAUCAGCAAGGUGAUGGUAGUGGGGCGGCCCCGCCAGCCAUCCCACUCGACCCGCAGGAAGCGGCCCAAGCAAUCUUCCCCUCGAUGGCGCGCGCGCUGCAGAAGUAUCUGCGCGUCACCCGUCAGCAGCCGCGCCACACGGUCGAAUCGAUCCUGAAGCAUCUGGCGCACUGUCUCAAGCACGACAUGUCGCCGCGUGCCUUCCUUGAGCCGUACCUGGUCGAGGCGCCGGUCCUGCAGAACGACAAGGAGCGCCGCACCAACCACAACUGGGCGCUGAUCUGUGACGAGCUGCUGUCCCGGCCGCUCUCCGACGGCUGCACCUUCCAGCUGAUCCAGAACGACGUCUCGCUGACGGUUUCGAUCCACCGGAUACCGCACUUCACCGUCAGCGAGGAGGUGGUCGACCCGAAGUCGAACAAGUUCGUGCUGAAGCUCAACUCCGAGACGAGCGUGUGACCGCGUGCGGUGCGCAACCGGAAAGGCGGAGCCGCACCGCCAGUGGCCGAUCAGUGGCAGCGGGCCGAGAUUUUGCAGCAGCUGAACCAUCUGCUCGUUACUGGCAAGCGUCGCAAUCGGAAGAUUCAGGACCGGUUGGUUUGAAAUGAGGACGCGCGAGUGAGUGUAUGAUUUAAGUUAGCACAAAAGGACACAACUCUUGGCGGAUAUUGUGUUAUGCGGUAAGAGAAGCUAGUUUUUUUUUAGCAGCUUGGUCCAUCCCGUUCAGUUUUGACUCGCCAAAGAGCAGUAGAUAGGGUAGCACGCGUCGCAGGGAAUCGGAAGCCUCAAGCAUCCACCAAGCAAAAGGGAACAACAAGGGAGCGCUACCCCACAUAUCCAAGACACACAUUAGCUUUUAAUGAUAGGAACUUUGUCUCUAUCGCUCUCUUCCUCUCUUUUACACGGAACAGAAACACGCACUCCCGUUGGUGUGCGGAGAAACGGAAUUCAGCAUGGAAGGAGACCCCCCGAAGGGAUACGGUCCGCGCCACCCAGGGUCGCUAAUGACGUUGGUGUUGGUGGCUUUUGCCUUUCUGGACGACAAGUUUAAUGAAGACACACACUCUGGUAGAAGUGGAAGAUCUCUUACGAUGGUGCGCACACAAACGCACCUAACCCAAGAAUCAUUCCGUCGAUCGAACUCUCAAACGAACGUUUCUGAGUGUUCUGAGUGACCCCUUGAGUUUAAUUCGUUUUUGAUCGUAACGAGCCCUGCUUUUUAUUGCUCCCGGGAAUAUUUGUACGACGCAUUGGGAAUGGCACAGCCAUGAGAGCCCCAUGAUGGCACACAACAGUGUGUGUCUGUUUGUCGUUCGUUUCGUUGUUGUUUAUUGGAAAACAAUCGACUUCCUCCUCGGCGGAAACACGACGUCAACGAAGCAUCUUUUGUCGUUAAAAAGCAUCCAGCCCCUUUCCAUCCGCCGUCUUAAUUAUUCGCCGAAGCUCUUUCUGCUAGACAGUGUGCUUUCGUCUCGUUGCUUCUUGUGGCAAGAUUGAUGGCUUCUCAAUCUUCCCACCGAAUCCAACAACACGAUGGCUGCUUUUCACCAUUUCUUUCCCAUCAAUUUCCCGGCCAAACUGUGAAUCGAGGGAGAGAGACACACACACACAGGUGUUUUCUCGCGAUAGUGUAGCCCUCAGACCUUCGUACAAGCGCUUCUUUGUAAAGGUUGUUUGAAUCGAAUGGCAACCGGGACGAAUCGAAUUUGUUGCUACCAUACAGACAACAGCACAGCCGUGUGUUCUUCGACUCACGAUUCUGUGAAGAAUUUAAAGGAAGAAGCGAUUCGAAUCAAAUUCAGCCUGCGGACGGGAAACAACGAGUACAACCGAGUGUGGAAAAUUGGAUUCGCGCGCAUCCUUUUGCUUCCAUCAAUCAGCACACGAUCGGCCCGGGUUGGUCUGUGAAAUUAGGCUGUACGGUAUUUAUGGGAUGAUGUUGCUCUAUCGCGCCUCUAGCAGGAAUUCCAUCAUCUUGGGAGCUCGCCUAAAAGCUUCCACCUGAAAUUAGCGAUGCAAAUCGUGUGUCUUAGAAGAACGUAUGCUUGUUGCUGCCUCUUGUCCCCGCCGGUUGGGUCGCUUGGCAAAUUAAUAUGUAACGCUCGUUCAAGACAUACAUUCCUUGUUUUGUCAUCUCGAACAAUGUUUCUUCGGUGCUACGUGUGUGCCGUCAGGAAGUUUUGCUAGGCGGCGCAAAUCGUCCACUAUAAUGUGUCGCGUAGUAUUUUUUUUAUUUUUGGGAACGAUCAUCACGCAGCAGCACCAGCACCAGUAGAUGGAAAUCAAAUGGUAGGCGCAAUCCAAGAUCAAAGCAAAAAGCCCGCGGCCACAAUCGCAAAUGCCCAUUCCUCUUAGGUGGAAGCAAGAGGGUUUUCUGCGGCUUUUCAGACUGCUCAUGUGUGUGUGAAGAGGGUGAAUAAAUUGGACCGAUCGGAAGGGAAUGGUUGAAGAUGGUCAGUGCAGUACAAGCGACGCUGUCUCCCGUGUGUGGUACGUUAAAAGGGAGGGGCAAAAUAGAAGGAAAAAAAAAACGAUAGAGAGCGCUGAAAACUAUUAGUAAGAUUUGCAUAUCAUUUACUAAUCAAAUCAUAAUCCCACCAGCUAAUAAUGAUCGUACGGUAUGGCAGCGCGGCUUCUCUCCGCGGUGCCUUCUGAUGCCGCCGAGGCCUGCGACAUGCCGGUGGAUUAUUAUUUCAGUUCCCAGUCGUUGGAUUUUUUGUGUGAUACAGUAUGGAAAAAACGGCCUCAGGGGGGAAAAUCCUGCUUUGAACUAAAGAUAGCGAUCGGUAAGGGAAAUGUACUUGCAUUUUGAUCCGGACAGCAACUGCAAUUAAUGGCUAAGCCGGAUGUGGAAUAGUAACAGCUAGAUAAGCCCGUCAAUGAGAGCCACUUUCACUGCCGGCUAAUAAGUAGUUCCUUAAAUAUUGUAUUUUUUAUUGAUUUUUGCUAUUCAAGCCAGCUUCGGACGCAUGUUUUUGUGCUUCAAAAUAACGCCAUUACUCUCUUCCCUCUCUGUAAUAAGCAACCACAAGCGCACAGCAGAAAACAGCAGAAAAAGAAGGCCAAAGUAUCGCUUCUCGAUCAAAGAAUGGCGAAAAUCAAAUUAACUCGGGAUCGUCACCUUUUGCGGGUCGGCCGGUCGCCCUCUGUGUGAACCCCAAAAGCUAGCUGCCCUCCUUCUACGUGGUGUGGAGGAUAAUUUGAUGAUCCCGGGAGCAGCACAGGGUUUUGGUUUUUGUGGUUUUUGUUAAUUUUAUCUUGUUCCCAGCGAUUCCCGUCGUCGCUCCGUGACACUUUGGAGGUUUCUUCUUUGCAGGCCUCCGCUGUAUGUUGGAAUGUGGCUUCGAGUUCAAGCCCGUACCGGAAGCAAUCCAAUAGCGAUGAUGCGCUGCACCAUUGUGGUCGGCUCGAUUAUUGGUCAUCGUUGUUUGGUGGAUGAUUGUGUCCCUUUCUUUUGAAAAGCCCAAACACAUAUAUUCGGAUUUAACAUUCUAAUAUCCAGUUGAAAGUAUUUUGUUCAAAAAAACAUACCUUCCUUUCACAGGUGGCUAACACCCAUUCCCUUGUUCGGACGUUUCCCCAGAUGAAAUGCAACAUCCCAACCUGCCUCGCUCUCUAGCCUCUUUUUCCUUCCCGUCCGAUAAGCCAAAAGUUUCCGGGUCGGCAUCGGAAAGUAGCGCACCCUUGAAGAAAGGCGAUUUGCUCUUUGCCGCCUCAUCCCCCGGCCAUUCGCUUAUCUGCCGUCAAAAGGGGCUACCUACCUGCGCCCAACGCCCGACCCAGGCAAAAUCCCAACAGGCAUGAGCAAUUGUGCAAUCGAUCGACGCGGUCCCUAGCGCUCGCCACACAGAUGGCAUCAGGAAGGGCGAAGACUAUCUCCGUCCCGAGCGGGCGUCUUUUUUUUCUCUCUGUUCUCUGUUCUGUUUCGAUUUUUCCUCAAUUCCCCCUCAAAAUUUAACACACCACCACCGCCACCAGCCGCCAGCUCGCUCUAAUCAUGGUGCGCUUGAGCCGUUUUGUUCUCUUGCGCCAAUAAUGCGCCACAACUUCACGCAGGGGGUGUUCCUGCGGGUUUUAUGGACAAUCGUGACUUUUAUGACCAAUACACACACACACAGGUCGAUAACAACACACCGGACCGAAGCGCAACCGACACCGGGGAUUGUAAUUUUGUUUAAUUUUUCUCUCCUCCCGUCGUUUUCGGUCGUUCGUCGUUCUCGGCCGGGAAAUGUGUGUGUGUGUGUGUGUUUGCUUUAUAUUGGAUUUUCCCCCCUCUUUGCACCAGCACCCCAGUGCUUGUGUAUCUUUGUUUUGGAAAUUUUCGACGCAUUCCUGGCAAGAGGGUCAAACUCUCACACCUCGAAUUCGACAUGCUGGAAUAUAUUCUUUACCGUCUGAUAUAUUAAGUACAAAAAGCUUGACUAUAUCAUCGUCCCAAGGAAGAAGAAACCACAAGAGCACAAUCGGUAGCUUUAGUGUCAAAGGGAAGAGCAACACACAGCCAAGACAAACACCCUCCGGGGAAGCGGGAGCCGGAAUAGGUAGGUGUUACCCUCUCUCGAUCAGCCCAUAUAUCGCCAUCGUGCCAUCGAAGGUCAAUUAGCCUUUUGCCGUCGUGGAAACCAAAAAAAAGGGAAGCGACGCGGCCCUUUUCCUUUGUGCGCUUCUUUUCGUUCGCUUCCCUUCCCUGGACGGGCCAGCAGCAGCAGCACACCUUUCCGGUUGCGUGAUUGCGACCGUUCGCUUGUUCUACCUUCGCCGAUCGAUCUCCAGUGAGUCACACAGAAGUCCACCGAAGAAGAGUCCCCGUAGAUAGCUGUUGAUAUCAAAACCUGCACGUAGAGAAAGCCGCGGGGAAAAUGGUAACCGUUUUUCCCUGCAUGACAAAAAACCCCCAAUCUGUCGCUUUGUUUUAGCGCCUUUCAUCAAGCAUGUGAUCAUCGGACGUUGCUUUUCCGCUUCUUUUUUUCCAGAAACAAUCUUCAAAAUUAAACCCACAGUAUGGUAGGAAGUAACCCUUCGAACGUUUUUGUGUUUUUUCAACAAGAGCAUCUUCUUGACCGUACAAGAACGGCCAAGGAAACGGCCCAUUGACUUUCGAUGUACCAAAAAAAAACCCCCCCUCUGCACACACUGAGCAUGCCACAGCACAGCAACAACAAUCAUUAGUUUUUCCUCCCAUCCCGGCGUGUGGGAUUUUUGGCUUUUGGGGCGUGAAGCUGCCGGCGCGCGCGCGCUGGGUGGAAGAAAAACGGCACAAAGGUAAUCACAUAAGUGGCCACUUCCGUCACGAUCCGCGGAUGGCGACAGCGCAAACGACGCGCUUGUCGAUGGCUUGUUUGUUGUAGUAGCGGUGCCUGUCUGCCCUCUCUUCCUGCUUUCCUCUUGAAUGUCCAAAAAUGCCACGGAGUCGUCCACUACUACUACUGGCCUUAAACCACUGUAGGGUGUCUCUGUAGGGGUUUUGUUCCAUCAUCUUACUCUGCUGGACAGUCAUCUCUCUUUCCCUUGUAAAAUUGCUCAAUAGAAGCCGUGUUGUGUGUGUGUAUGUCGUGUUCCGUUCCUGUUUUGGACUUUCUCGAAAUGGAUAAUUUCAGAAAUCAUCGUUGGAAGUCGAUUCGAAAAAAAGGUCACGCGGAAAAGGGAGGAACAGCUUGUUCUUCAAACCCAACUCAAGCAGCAUUGAAGAUACUAAAAAAACAAAUCAUUGUGGGUAGACUCUUUUGUUGCCUUUGUGUCUUACUGGUUGUAUUCUUUGGAACAGUCACUCUAAUCACACUUGUAAUUAUUAACGCCAAAAUAGUUCCACUAAACGGUAUCGCGCGCGCGUGUCUGUCUGUGUAAGGAGCCGUUAAAAAAGAGAGCAAGAGACAAUAAUUUAAAGUAUUUAAAAAUGUACUUAAAUCCCAAAAGACAAUUCUUAAUUGACCAAGCAAAAAACGCACCAUCUCACGACCUACAUAUCCUGCUUUUCCCAAAUUCGCGCUAUCACCAACUGAAACAGUUUCUGGAGCGUAUCAAACCAUACACACACAGUGUUUUAACACCGAUAUAAAUUCGUUUAUUUAUGAGUGUGCAGUUUGUAAAGCUGCCGAGCAGAAAUAAAAACCACAAAGUCGAUGGUCGAUGGUCGAAGAUUAGCAAAGUCCAAACAUCCACACCUAACAUACCACCACACACCACCAAACAAACCGAAAAAGAGUCGGAAGCCAAAACAAUGCUGCUGCGCGUCAUUGACAAAAACUAGCGAGCAAAAAGGAGAGCAUUGGAAAAUGGCGAUAAAUUAAUUGAAAUGGAUUAUAAAAAUCUUUCCCGGCGGUUUACGGUUUACCAUCGGCGUACCGAAACUAAUGAAAUCCAGCGCCCUCAGUGUGUGUGUGUGUGGUUUUUACUUUUUGCGAAACUUAUCAUUUGACCCAGUGAAUAAGCAAGUGAGUUUCUAAACAAACGGAACUCCCUGCCAGGCGUGAGGGGGGGGGGGGGGGGGGCAUGGCACAGAAAGCAAUGAUCAUAUAAAAAAUUAAUUAAAUAAAUUCGCACAAAUGACCAACCGCGCACAUUCGAAAGCGUAUCGCUGCUCUCCUCCUGUCUAGCGCUAGUGCGCACGAUCAAGUUAUUAUCUUUAGGUAAGAAGCGGUCAAUUCUCCGCGUGUGGUGUGUAAGGUUUGCUAAAUCAUUACUUUCCAAUUCCAUUCCUAUCGCCUGUCUCUCCUGCUUUAAUAUCAAGGACUGUGCAGAAGAGGUAGACUGAAGGAAGGAGUGAGUGGAGGAGAGUAGCACAAUUAUCGCGACUGUAACUGUAAUUGCUAACGGGCACAAAUAGCAUUUGAAUAAUGCAUAGAUCAAAAGCAACUGAAAUGCAACAUGAAAAACAUGAAAAUAAAAGGCUGACAAUACACACGAGACGACGGUGUAGCGACACUUGAUGAUGCACUGCCACCUCACCUUUUGGAUAGAUCUGCAUCUGUAUUAAACAUAAACUAGCAAGUAUUCGAUACAUUUCCCUUCAUAAAUCUCGUUCACAAACGCAACUCACGCACAACUACAUCUAUUUAAAAUAUACAAUAAGCCAGAAGGGGAAAGAGAAAAGGAAACAAAUCAAUUACACGAAGAACAGAGGGUGCAUUUAGCUGAUGAGCACCGAGAGGGGUAAAGCGAUUUAUUAGGAAAUUGUGUUAACGAAAUGCAUGCGGUUUGUGGUGUUCUCGCGAGUGUGUGAUAAAGAUAUGUGAAAAUUUUCAAAUAGAACAAACAAAAAAUCCUUAAACGCAUCUCUUAUCAAUGCAACAAUGCUAGGUGAGGUGUGAACGAAUAUUCUUUUCCUUGCGUAUACACAACAAACAAACGAAAAGGAACGAAAAGGCGCUUAUUGCCACCGACUGUACUUACUGCUACUUUAGAUAAGAUAGAUUUAGGAUUAAGCAGCAAAUGUUUUGUUUUUUGCUAAACAUUUUCUAUCCAGAUAUUAUCCAUCCUCUCUGCAUAUAAUUGUUAGGGCAAGCAAAAGAGCGUCGCUGACUGCAAGUGUGGUUAGCUGAAUGAUAAUUUAUUAACGGAAAUCUCCGAUCCAAUUGACACGAUAUAGGUUUACGAAUUGAUACAUUUUACCCUUAAUUCUUAGUUAACUAUUUUAAUCCUCUUCAAGUAUUUAAGAUUAAGCGAAGAAAACGACAAAAAAAACUGCACAAGAGCGAUCUUUGGCGCAGUAGCAACUAUACAUCAUCCCAACCAAUACUCCUUUACUCGUACUAUUUACGGUUAAGACAGCAUUAAAGUAAUGACACGCGCUAAGAUUGCAUAUGCAGUUCCAGCGCAACCAGUGAGACGAAGACAGAAAAGGGAACAGAGUGGAGCUGAGAGGAUCAGUAGCACAAUAAGACUUUUCUAACGAGAUGGAAUUAGAAGGGAUAGCAAGAAGAAGCAAGAAGAAAGUGCGUUUUGUGUGUGUGUUGUAUUUGAAGAGAAGCCGUGGAUGACGAUGGAACCGAAGUCAAUGAAACUGAAAAUAAACAAAACCCGAACAAAGUUUUAAA